UUGAUCAAAGAAUUAUGAUGGAGCAACACAUUGCCUUUAUGUGAAUUGCAAGACUUUUAGGUACCUACUUUGUUCGUCAGCAAUCGAUAAGAAUUAAUCAUUCUUAUAUAAAACAUUGGUAACUAAUUUUUAUUCCAUCUGGAACUUUUACGAAAUUGAAAACGAUCAAAAAUAGCCACGUAUGUACUUUGUGGAAAGUUUUAAUGAACACAGAAACAGGGAUAAUUUGGAGAGUCCGAUUACCCUACUUGAUAGUUGAAUGUAAUUAUAGGAAGUUACCAAAAAAUGAUCGGAAAAUAGAUAUAACUUCUCUAUUAUCUUCUUAGUUUUAAAUUAUGACAGAAAAUUGGCAAAUUUCAUCAAAUGUAGACAGUAUUAUGAAGGUCACUGCGUUUAUCCAGUGCAUUAAGGCAUUGGGUUUUCUCAUUAAUAAUGGUAACAAUUUUUUUAAAAAGUUUGUCAUAAAACUUCAGUAAAUAUUUCUUUUAUAUUCAAGCAAAAGUUCAAAUACAGUUUUAACUUCAAUCAUACAGUGAAUGCUUGUAGUCGCAGUACAGUGAAUUAUUCAAUAAUGUUUAAUCAUUAAACAGCCUGGACUGAAAAUAACUAACUAUUCAUUGACCGAGUCCAUAACCUAGACCUCUAAAAUUGUGAAAACACUUUUGGCCCACUUUACAGUAUGUUGCUAUUAGGCGAUACGUGCUGAAGUCCAAUUCUACAGGGCGAUGCGCAGUUGGUUGAUGUUAUUAUUUAUUUGGAGGCAGACUUACCGCGUGUGCCUCCAAAGCGAAAUGAUACAUUUUUGAUUCAUAGAUAUAGAAAAUUGAAAUAAUCUGAAUAAUGGCAACAAUAAAGGAAGGCAACAGUGAUCUGGAAAAGAGUGAUUGUCAGGACGCGUUUAUCGAAAAAUGGAAAAACAGCGAACUGGAACUGUCGUGGAGACAUUCUUUGAAACAACAAGUCUGGUGACCGCAUCUUUGCCUCUGGGAGCGUUAACUAUAGGCGCAUUAAUGGACAGAUUUGGUCGAAAAAAAAUGUGCAUGCUAACAGCAUUGCCUUUUGCUAUUUCCUGGAUGUUGCUCAAUUUUGCUACUAACGUUUGGUAUAUUUACGCUGCAAGAAUUAUUGCUGGAUUUGGAGGUGGCCUCAGCACAGUAGCUCUAGUUUACGUGAGUGAAAUUUCCCACCCUAAAUACAGGCCGAUGCUCCUUACUUUUAACAGUGUAUUUGUAACUUCAGGAAUUCUUAUCACAUGUAUUUUUGGGUUUGGACUUCAUUGGACAAUCAUGGUCAAAAUAUUCUUUCUCUUUAUAACUCUGUCGUUGGUGGGACUAAUGUUUAUACCAGAAAGCCCCUAUUGGUUAUUAGUGUUCAAAAAUGACAAAAUAGAAUGCUCUAAAUCUAUGCAAUGGCUCUACAAAGAUAAAAUGAUCUUUGAAGAACAAUAUCAUCGGAUUAUCGCAUCGACUGACACUAAACCCGAUGAAGGCUGCAAGAAAUCUAAGCUAACGCAAUUAAAAGAAGUUCUGAAAUUUUACAGAAAGCCAAUUGUAUGGAAGCCCAUGCUUAUCUUGUUGCUGCUCUUUGCAUUUCAGCAAGUUUCGUCCGCCUAUGUCAUCAUAUUUUAUGCUGUGGACAUUUUCAGGAGAAUCGGGGGCAGCUUCAGACAUAUUGGUCUCAUUGAUGAGUUUGUAGCUUUGAUUUUACUUGGCAGCAUUCGUUUCGUUAUGGCAAUAGUUCUUGCUUUAAUUUCUAAGAAAGUUGGUCGCAGAUACUUGAUGUUUGUUUCUGCGAUUGGAAUGAUUUUUUCUAGCUUUUCGCUGGGGUUGUACAUGUACUUUACUCGAACAUCAUCAGAAAAUCGUAAUGAGAUUGGUGAGAGAAGUUUGCUUUCAAAUAGCACACAAAAUCUAGAUUUAGACGUUGAACCAGACGGAACCAUAGCAGUAAUUUUGGUGCUUUGUUACAUUUGCUUCAGUUCGUUUGGAUGGCUGGUUAUUCCAUGGACUUUGAUUGGAGAAUUACUGCCUGUUAAGGUCAGAGGCAUACUAGGAGGCGUAAUGGUGUCAGUAGCUUACAUACUAAUGUUUUUAAUUGUGAAGAGUGCUCCAUUCUUAAUGGACAGCGUGAACUUGGAGUAUAUUUUUAUCGGUUUAGGUGUAGUUAAUGUGUGUGGUUUGUUGUUCGUUUAUAUGUUUUUACCUGAAACUUUAGGGAAAACAUUUUCUGAUAUCGAGAAGUAUUUUGACGGAAGCAAAGACUGAUUUUAUGGCAAUUGAUGUGACAACUUUUUAUUAAAAAUGUACACGUUUUUUCUGUAUUUUUAUAGCAUUUUGUGUUUAUGUAAACUUUCAUAGCUGCUGUGGCCAUAUGGGAACAACAAAAGCUUGUAUGUAUUGUUAUGAAACUUUCAAUAAAACACAUUUUUGUGGAAAA